AUAAAUAACACCUCCAAAGUUGAUUAGAUUGAUUGCUCAAAGCAACAUCAUAUUAACAUUUAAAUUACUCUCAUCUUCUUUUUCAACCAGCCAAAAGCACUAAGUUUUGUUAACCAUAACAAUGGCUGGAGAAGAGAUAAACUCGUGUUUCACAUGUAUAAGCUGCAUCAUAUUCCUUUUCACAUUCUUAACAACCGGAGUAGGAAUAAUCUCCACCGGAAAAUCAAGCUGUUUCCUCAUCCUUGAAAUUCCACUCAUCGCAAUUGCUCUAACAGUGAUGGUUCUUUCUUUAACUGUUACAAUCUGUAGCUGUAUCGGUUUAAGAAAACCCAGAUUUCUCGCUUGUGCUGCCUGUAUAUGGUGUCUCCUCAUCCCUUUAUCAAGCACCUACAGUAUCAUGUCAAUUUACCAAGCCGUAAUCACCAUCAAAGGGAAGGGUAUCGAGUUACCCGAUAGAGCUUACAACGAAUAUCAGCUACAUGCUUACUCCAAGAAUUUGCGAAAGCUUGUCACGAAUUCUCACAAUUGGGGCAAGGUUCAUAAGUGUUUGAUUCGAACCAACGCAUGCAAGAGACUCACACAUAACAAGGCUAAUGACACUUUCAUGGAGUUUGCUACUAAGGAAUUGUCUCCUAUUGAGUCUGGAUGUUGUAAACCGUCUUACUUUUGCAAUUUUACUUAUGUGACCCCGACCAAUUGGAGUGUGACAUUUAAUGGGUCGAAUAAAAACCCGGAUUGCCACCUAUGGAGCAAUGAUCCCGGGACUUUUUGUUAUAAUUGUCAGUCGUGUAAAGCUGGAACGCUUCAAGUUUUUAAGGCCAAGUGGAAUAACAUCUUCAAAUUGAGUUUAUGAUUUGGUGGACUAAUUUCUUCAAAUUCUGUUUAUGAUUUGUUUAUGAUUUGGUUGUGUACCAUAAAAUACAAUGUAUGGUUGUUGCAAAAUUAUAAGAUAUUUAUGGAAGAAGAAGUUGUUAGUAUCUUAGUAAAAGGACUUUUGUCACA